AUGCCUCUUCUUGGGGUGCAUUACUACAGUUUCCUCACCUAUCUGACCGGUCUAAACGGACUCAAUACCUAUUACUUUGUGGGUGAAAGCAAUCGAUUUAGGAAUUCUACAAAACUAAAAUUAUACUGCUUUAUGCAUCACUUGCUCUGCGGCCUGGGCCUGGCUAUCAUGCUCAACUCCUCCUGGGGAAAUGUUCGCAUUUGUGUGACUCUCCUGACCAUAGGGGCAACCUGCGUCUUUGCCAUAAACAAUUGCUGGGAAAAGACCCAAGGCAUUCGGAAAUUGGCCGAAGGAUUAGUUCGAUUGGAGACCAAGCACUUCGCAGGAAAACCAAGCGGCUUUGCCUUGAAGGUCCGAUGCUACAUGAAACAAGUGCUUGUAGUAGUUACCCUGGUAAGGGUAAUCGUCUUCUAUCCGCUCUACAUUAAGAGGUUCAUACGCCAUUUCUUUAUUCUGAAUGUGGCCUGCUACUGGCUGCUCUACAACAUGCUCUUGUCCGCCGUAUUCGGUUUCUACUGCCUCGUUUGGCAAAUAUGUCGCAGCCAGAAACUGAUAAACGAUCGGAUGACCAAACUUUUGACCAAGUCCAGGAUAAGGAAUCGUUCCAGUAAGAUGAGAAGGUGCCUAAAACUCUAUUCGAAGCUUCUGGGCCUGUGCAACAGCUUAAACUACGAGUUUGGCCACAUUUCCAUCUGUGUCCUGGCCUGCAAAAGCUGGUUUCAGAUCACCUACGGCUACGAGAUAUUCAUAAUGAUAGCAGCCCCCAGAGCCAUCGACUUGAGCCUACCCCUGAGGAUGUUUGUGGUGCUGACAUAUGUCCUGGACGCAGUUAAUCUAUACUUUGCCACCGAUGUGGCCGAAUUGUUCACCCGCCUGAGGGAGGACUCCUUGUGCAUCCUGCGGGAAAGUAACCGUUUGGAUCCUUUGCUCUCCAUGUUCACCUUGAAACUGGCUCUGCACCGAAAGCGGGUCGUCUUUCUAAACGCUGUUUCCUUUGACCGAAAGCUGACUCUCACCCUCAUGGCCAAGACGUUGUUGUACACAGUCUGUUGGCUGCAAGGCGAUUACAAGAAACUCGUGCACUAG